GCAGAGGAUCCGUAACCAGCAGCAGACCAGCACAAUGAGAGACAACAACUGUAAAGAACGCAUAGACAAAAUCCUGCAAGAGGCUCCGACUGCACGAAAAGCUCUUCUAGACAACCACAGCAAUCUGCACAAGGUGGCUGAUUACUGUCAGAACAAAAACCUCAAUGUGCAAGACUCCAGAAGUGUCAUUGAAGAGUCCAAAGCUCUCACCACGCAGGCUCUGGCCAGUGUCACAUACCAGAUAAACACUCUGGCCACAUCUGUGCUGAAACUCUUAGAUGCUCAAACUGUUCCGCUAAAACAGAUGGAGUUCUCCGUCAACUUGCUGACUCUGACAGUUGGCAUGUACAAGGAGAAAAUAUCCCGGAAAGAGAUUGGAGUGCUGACCAAACAGUCAAAAGUUCCCCGGACUCAGAAGGUGGUUCCCCCAGCGAGUGGCCUGGAGCCGUUUCGCACGUACAGACAGGUUCCCAUUUCCUACACCCGCUUAGACAAACUGGGCCACGGCCACUGGGAAGGCAGCAAAACUGAAGAGCCAAAAGCAGACAAUGAGGAAUCUGUGUCUGUACAACUUGGCACACAGGAGACCAGCACCUUCAACUGGUCUUUUUUGGGUAUCGCAGUUCCUCCUCCAUCAGUACCUGAUUGCGUGGGUUCUAGCAUCUCAGCUCCUCCUGAUCUCUCUCCAUCUUCACCGCCUCCUUCACUCAUGUCUGACCGUUCCCCGACUCUACCUGCCUAUCCCGACCUGUCCAUGCUGCCUCCUCCACCUCUCCCAGAUGAUGAGAUGGGAGACGCUCCAGCCCCACCUCCUCCUCCCUCUCCUCCUCCUCCGAGUUCUGUGUAUGGAGGUUCUUUGUUUCCACCUCCACCUGGCCAAAAUACCUCAUUGACUUCAGCAAACCCUCCACCUCCUCCUCCCCAGGGUAAUAUGGCUAUUCCGCCUCCUCCACCACCUCCUCCAGGCAAUGUCCCUGUCCCACCUCCUCCACCUUCCAUUCAGGGCAAGAUGGUUGUUCCUCCUCCUCCUCCUAGCUCUGCCUACAGUGGGUCUUCACUACCUCCAGCCCCACCUCCACCUCCACAAAAUGCCUCCAUGGUGCCACCGCCGCCUCCUCCUCCUCCUAAUACUGGAAGAAAAUGUAUUCCACCACCUCCUCCUCCACCUCCCCCAUUUUAAAUGUUGAUUUUCAGUGUUAUUUUGACACUGACUUGACAUUUGACAUUUGAUGAGAUAAGAUUUUUUUAAUGCUUUUUCAUUAAAUAAUAUUAACAUUUUCUUAAGUGUUUAUGGUAUGAAACAUUUAAAGACAAUAAUGUUUUGUAUAAAGCAU